AUGCCUGUACAUGAAUCCCAAAGCCGAGUGCCGGGCGGCGGAGGCCGGGCGAGCGCAGAGCCGGCGGUGCCGCGGCCAAAGGCGGAGGUGCAGAGUUUAGGAGGUGCUAAAGGCGCGGAAGAGAAACGGCGGGUCUUUGCUCCGCCGCCGGCUUGGAGACGCACCGCCGCCCCACCUGGCAGCGGCGGGAACUCCCGCUCCCUCCGGGGGACACCCGCUCCCUCCGGGGUCACACGCAUUCCCUCCGGGGGACACCCGCUCCCUCGGGGGUCACACCCGUUCCCUCCGGAGGACACCCGCUCCCUCCGGGGUCACACGCAUUCCCUCCGGGGGACACCCGCUCCCUCCGGGGGACACCCGCUCCCUCCGGGUCACACCCGUUCCUCUCCCGCCGCCCGGCCCCGCUCCCGCCGCGCCCCGCGCCGCCAGGUCCCUUGUGCAAGGGCGCCAUCUGGCGGGAGCGGCGGGUGGCGCCGCCGGGGUCCUGUCCCUCAGCCGCAGAACGGCCGGCAGCCGGGCGGCCCCGGGAAGCUGGGGAGCCCCGGGCGGCCCCGAGAAGCUUGGGAGCCCCAGGAAGCCCCGGGCGGCCCCGGGAAGCUUGGGAGCCCCAGGAAGCCCCGGGCGGCCCCGGGAAGCUUGGGAGCCCCAGGAAGCCCCGGGCGGCCCCGGGAAGCUUGGGAGCCCCAGGAAGCCCCGGGCGGCCCCGGGCGGCUCCGGCUACGCCGGCAGCACCGCCUUUGA